AUGAGGAUACUGGUAGAUCUAAUUGAAUCUGGCAUUACCGGAAAUCGGGAAGACUUAUCACCUCAUCUUCAGAUUUACCACCAGUAUCGUGACCAUCUCUCAACAGUUGACGGUGUCGCUCUCUACAAGGACAGGGUUAUUGUUCCGAAAUGCCUACGCUCCAAUAUUUUAUCAAGCCUGCAUGCUGCACAUCACGGAGUCACAUCCAUGACCUUGAGAGCAGAAUCUUCCGUCUUCUGGCCUGGCCUUACUUCUGACAUCAUCAAACUACGACAAGGGUGUAAAAGCUGCGACCACAUCGCACCAUCACAACAAUCAGCUCCACCGACCCCUCUUAAUUAUCCUGAUUAUCCAUUUCAACAACUAUGUGGUGACUUCUUCCACUAUGCCGGUCACAAUUAUCUUGUUUGUGUUGAUAGGUAUUCGAAUUGUCCUAUCGUGGAAGAAGCCAGGAAUGGGGCCAGUGUCCUAAUUGAUUGUCUACGCCGCACCUUUGUCACGUAUGGCAUACCCGACGAAUUCGCAUCGGAUGGGGGGGGGGGGGCAGAGUUAUGUGCAUCAUCUACAUCAACCUUCCUUCGAAACUGGGGUGUCCACCAUCGUGUUUCAUCGGUCGCGUACCCACAUAGCAACUGCAGAGCUGAAGUUGGUGUUAAGACUGUUAAACGGAUGCUAAUGGAUAAUGUCGGCCCCAGUGGCAACCUCGAUACAGACUCAUUCCAACGUGCCAUGCUGCAAUAUCGCAACACACCCAACCAAACCACAAAACUGUCACCUGCUGCUUGGCGCACCAUAUCACCGACUACCUCGCCAAUGAUACCAGUCAAACCGUCGGAUCGCGAUAUAGAUGACAGCAGCCACUCUGCAGACCAGCCUCGAUUGUCAAAAUCUCCGCCUCCACCAGCUGAACAUGUUGCAACCCGGAAGCCCGUAUUUGAGGAGGGCACUUCUACCGCACUCCAGUCCGAUAAAAGUCCUCGCAUUGAUUUACCUUUGCCAACGUCACCACUACCUUCGAUUCGUCGCUCUACGAGAGAGCACCGUCAACCAGCAUAUCUUCAGGACUUUAACAUGAAUUAG